UAUUCACUUUUGGAUUAAAAGACCCUGAUGUAGAGCUCAAUCGUUCUGUGCGAAUUGCUUUGUCUUUUCGGCGUGCAAGUGUCGUUAGAUGGCCUCAAUACCUUUUUCCGACCCCGAGGAAUAUCGGAAACAGUUCGGUUCUGCUGCAGAGAGAAACAAAUUACCAAUACUAGAAGCCCUGAAACGGCACGUUACGGUGGAACGCGCUAAAGCUUUGGAGUUAGCAAGCGGUAUUGGCACCCAUGUUUCGUUCUUCGCAGAGAAUUUUCCGAAUUGGACUUUUCAACCAAGUGACGUUGAUCCAGUUCAUGUGGAGUUGAUUGCUCAGAAAACCCAGCACUUGAAGAAUGUUUUACCUCCAGUUGUUCUGAACGUGAGUUCGGAUAACUUCGCUGAUACUUUGAACGACGAGUAUGACAUCGUUAUGGUUAGCAAUUUGCUUCAUGUGGCAGGUUGGCAGGUUUCUAUUGGAUUGUUUCACGGUUGUUCUAGAGUACUGAGAACGGAUGGAUUAUUGUUUAUUUAUGGCCCGUUCAAACGAAACGGGACUUACAACGCAGAAUCCAACCAAAAAUUUGAUGAAUUUCUAAAAAGUCGCAAUCCAGAGUUUGGUUUAAAGGAUAUCGAUGAUUUAGAGCGUCUCGCACACGGUUGUAAGGUAUGAAAGAUACAUCAUGUACCAUAUGAAA